ACUCUAACCGUCUCCUAUCUGUAUAUUGCCGGUCUUUCGCUCAGCGUGCGGUCGACGACGAACGUCGGGCGUCGUUUCGCCGGAGACGUCCAGCGACGCUUUUAAAGAAGCUUCCCUAUAAAAGGAAGAAAAAUUACACACAUCUAGGAUUAUGAAUGUGAGCGGACGUACAACGGCGCUAUUCGGCGCAACUGAAAAUACGACGGCUACAGCGUCUGCUGGAAAAGUGCGAUUGGAUAAAUAUUCAACGCCUAUGGGAGGCCAAUACGGCCACAGGAUGAGAUCGUCAUCAACGAGGCGAGCAAGAUCAUUAGAUUCGGUGAGUUCAGGCUCGAAGAACGACUGUUGUAUCUCCAAUUUGACGGAAUAUGGAACGGACUGCAGGGAAGAAGACGAGGACGCCUUGUUGCGGUUGGAAAGAGGGGAAGAAGAGAGUUCCGGAGGAGGAGUUUCGAGUAGAAAUAGUCUUGUGCCGGAAGUAAGAAUCGAUUUAGAUCCGGCGGACCGUUUGACGGAAGCGAUUGAACUACUUCGAGAGACUCUUGUAGAAAAUGCAGCCGCUGCUCAUAGGACGAGAAGACGCCAGACAAGAGCCGAUGUACUCAGGGAUGAACGACUAAGAAUCCGAAAGGAAAAAGUUCUUGUCGAACUUCGUGUCGUCUUCCUGAAGAUUGGAGAAAUCGAUACCUUAAAAGAACAAUAUUCAGCCGAUACCUUCAUCCAGGCUCGAUGGAGAGAGCCGGCUUUGGAUGGAAAAUCUGUUGAUGAAUUAAAGCGAAUUGAAUUAGAUAAAUUAUGGAAUCCCCUCCUAUACAUCGAUAACGUACUUAGUGAAACAAAGGAGGCUACAUGGUUAACAGCGACAACAAAUAGCAAGGGGGAAGCCUUUAUAUUGGAAAGGCGGCGAGUUAGGGGCGUGUUUCUAGAAAAUCUCGAGUUGAACGAUUUCCCGCUAGAUGUGCAGGACUUGACUAUCACGAUGACGAGCGAACGACCGGAUACGGAAAUCGAUAUUAUACCGGAUGAGCUAGAGAUGAGCGGUAUCAAUGUACAGACAUUCGUCGAUCAGCAGGAAUGGAGACUGCACGAACAUAUUGAGGUAGCUAAGAAAAUAAUGACACAAGAAUAUUCAUCAUCAAAUCGAUGUCAUCCUGCUCUAAGCGUUACAUGUAGAGCAGCUAGGCGUCCUGGGUAUUUCUAUUGGAACGUCUUCCUCGUCAUGUUUUUUAUUAGCGCCUUGUCCUUCGCUACUUUCGCUGUCAGCCCGGAAUUGCCGCAAAACCGUCUCCAAUUAUCUUUUACUCUUCUCCUCACGUCCGUCGCCUUCAAGUUUGUCAUCAACCAGAGUCUUCCGAAAAUCUCUUAUUUAACUUACAUGGAUAAGUACGUGCUCUUGUCUCUAGUCAUUCUUUGCGUCGUCUGCAUAUGGCACGCCCUGAUAACUGUCUUCUUCCACCAUGGUUCUGAAUUUCUAGCUAGAAUGGAAAGGGAUGUUUUCCUCGCGUUUGCAGUUAUUUAUAUUCUCUGUCACGUCGUUUUUGUAUUCUGGUUAUAUUUUGAUGCUUGUAAGAGAAGGAGGAUAAUGAAGAGAAAAGAUAGGGAAUAUUUAGAAUUUCUGGCAAAAAAGAAAGCUUGGCAAGAGAAGAUCAAAGACCUUCAUCCGCAAUCCAGACGACACAGUACGAUGUUAGUUCAUGCUAUUUAAAAAAUUGAUAUAAUAAUAAUAUUUAUUAUUAUAAUAAUAAUAAUAACUGGAAAAAAGAUUAAGCCUCGCUCAAUUUCAAUGCAAAUUUAUGCAGAUGAGUUAUGCCUUACACGUUUCAAUGUAUUGUCUCCGCUAACUGUUUAUGCCAGUGAAAAUUGUAUACAAUAGUAUACAUAGAUCAGUUGGCAUACUAUUCGCGAUAUUGUCUUGCAGAAAAAAAAGUUGUAUAUAUUGUUCAUACGGCAUAUAUAGCAUUCAGUAAUGUUUGUUGUCAAUUAUGAAAACAAGUUAAGAACACAAUUUAUAAAAGAAACAAAAAAACCUUUGCUUUUAUUAUUUUUUUUCUUAAAAACUUCUCUAAUUCUAUGCAAGCA